AUGGAGGAGGUGGUGAAGAAACGGCCAAUUAUCUCUGCUAGAGAAAGAGGCCCGGGCCCUGGACGAUACGCUCUGCCCUCUACAGUUGGCUACAUCAACCAUGACUUCACCAAGCCCAGCAGCCCCGCCUACACUUUCCACAGCCGUAUGAGCAGUGCCAUGGUCUCUGUGGACUCCAGCCCAGGACCAAGGUACCACAUUGAUGCCAAAGUCACCCGAUUUGGCCGAAUAGACACCCCAUCUUACUCCAUUUUGGGCAGAGGGAGGCGCACAGGUGAGCCCUUCCAGACUCCAGGGCCAGGUGCCUACAGCCCAGAGAAGGCUCCACCGCUCAACUCUCACCGCAGACCACCAUCCUACACCAUCAGCACACGCACCAGAUAUCGCUCUGUGGAUGCUGUGCCAGCACCCAACAGCUACAUUCUUCCUAAUGUGCUGGGCUGUCAGGUUCCCCACAAACCCUCCAGUGCCAGCUACAGCUUCUCAGGCCGGAGGAAGGUCGGAGCUCCCUCUGAAGACCUCUCCAAGAGCCCCGGACCAGGAAAAUACAAUAGCACCAACCCGGACAUUUACCGCCAGCGUCAGCCCUGCUUCUCCAUGCAAAGGAGGACUAAGAAGCCAAAUUGUUCCUCUGUUAUUCCUGGCCCAGGCACGUACAGUCCAGAGAAGUUUCAUGUGCACCUUCCCAAAGCACCGUCCUUCACUCUGGGUGUCAGGCACUCUGAGUUUGUCACCCCACUUGUGGUGGAUGUGAUUGACUGA